AUGGAUGGUACGAUCAUUGAAGCCUAUAGUGAAAUUGACUAUUAUGACUGUGUAUUAGCAGCACCAUUUUUUAUUUCUCAUUUUAAAAUAAAUGAAGAAUUAUAUACAAACCCAAAAAUAUUUAAUAGAUAUAUUGUACAUGUUUUUGCAGAAUUUCAAAAUUGUUUGAGACAUGCCAUGAAUUUGAAUGCACUUUUAAGCUAUCCUUAUCCACAAAUCAAAGUUGCAAAUUUAUUUAAUGGUACUCUAUUGUAUAAUUUGAGCAAUAAUUUUAAAACACGCCGUAACAUUGAAGAAUAUAUAAAUACUAUUCUUCAAACAUCUCCAAUUAAACCAAUGUUUUUACAUGUGCUUCAAAAUGGAAUCAAUCCUCAUAGAAAACAUAAAAAGAAAGGUAAACAUUCAAGGUCUAACAAAAAUAAUUCAGUUAAGAUUGAUUCUGAAUAUUUUAGUGCUGAUGAUAAUUUACAUGAUGCAUAUUAUGAUCCAAAUAACCGUUUUUCUAUGCUUAACUAUGUGUAAAACUUGCAUUUAUUCGAUAUUACAUGUUACAAUAUUUAUGUUACAAAUAGUUUUUAGAUUUAUAUAACAGAUAGGAUCAAGUAA